UCAUCUAAUUUGGGACGGAGGUACUAAUACUAAUUCAUAUCCAUUCUUCUCUCUCCUCUUCGUUUUCUUUCAACUGGAGCAUAACUUUCGCGAAUGUCGAUCUGAACAUUCCCAAUCAACGGGAGUUUAGAGUUCUUUCGAGGUUAUAUAUAAAUUGAUUGUGGCAUAAUGAAGGGGGAUACAGUAUUGGAGUCAUGGUUUGGUAAUUUCUGGCGGAAUUCGCGAAAAAGCAGCGGAACUGAGCCUGAAAAGGCUGUGGUUGGAAUUUUGACAUUUGAGGUUUCUACUUUGAUGUCUAAAGUGGUUAAUUUGUGGCAGUGUUUAGGGGAGAAGCAGAUUAUUAGAUUGCACGAGGAAAUAUUGUCGUCUCCGGGGAUCCAAAAGCUUGUCUCGGAGGAUGGUGAUUAUCUUAUGGGGCUUGUUCUUGCUGAGAUACUAGAGAGUUUGGGAUGUGUGGCCGAAUCAGCGGCGAGGUUUGGGAAGCGGUGUGUAGAUCCUUCGUAUCAUAAUCUUGAUAAUAUUUUUGAUGAUUUUGUUAAUACGGGGCUUAACUGGUCAGGAUGGGAAUAUAGUUUGAAAAAGAUGGAGAAAAAGGUCAAAAAAAUGGAGAGAUUUGCUGCGGUCAGCUCACAGUUGUUUCAGGAGCUGGAAGUGCUUGCUGAGCUUGAGCAGACUUUCAGGCGAAUGCAUACUAGCGUUGGAUUGAAUCAAUUGAAGUUACUUGAGUUUCAACAAAAGGUCUUGUGGCAACGUCAGGAGGUGAGAAAUUUGCGUGAGAUGUCGCCCUGGGUUAGAACAUAUGACUACAUUCUCCGGCUUUUGUUAAGAGCCCUUUUUACCAUAGUUGGGAGGAUAAAGCAAGUUUUUGGAGAAAAUCAAGUGAGAACUGUUUUGGGAAGUAAUGGUUAUGUAUUUGGUACUAAUGAUUGCCUUGUUCGCAGCCAUUCAGUUUCUGCUCAGGUGCACUCUUCUGUUCACCCAUCAGAAAACAAACCGUCCCGGUUAUACUCAGGGCCACUGGGCAGAUCAAUUUCGAAUCUGGGAUUGAGUAGUGUAAAGAAAGGACCAAACAACAAAUUGCAUACUCCUUAUCAGUCAUCGAUUCUAUGCGGAAAGCCCCCCCAUGGAAAAACCAGACGAUUAGCUCAUGCAGGACCUUUUAAAGGAUGCAUGACAAGCGGAAGUAAUUCUCCUGUGAUGCAGAACAGCAUGUCUGUAACCAAUUUCUCUUCGAAGCCAAGCAGCAUCUUCCAAAAUGAAAUGGAUAAAAGGAGAUAUAGCAGCACAGUUUCAUCCUGUGGAAACACACUUAAUAUAAAAGCAUCCCCUUUAAAGCAUAGGUUGUUGGCUGCUCCUCUAUCGACUCUAGGUGGCGCUGCUCUAGCUCUUCAUUAUGCUAAUAUUAUCAUAUUAAUUGAGAAGCUAGCUUCCUCUCCUCACUUGAUCAGCCUCGAUGCAAGAGACGACCUGUACAAUAUGUUACCUAGCAAUGUCAGAACAUCUUUAAGCGCAAAGCUUAAAUUAUUUGCUAAAACAUUGGCUUCAUCAGUCUAUGAUGCUUACCUUGCUGCAGAAUGGAAUCUGGCAAUUGCAAAUAUAUUAGACUGGUUGGCUCCACUUGCUCAUAACAUGAUUAGGUGGCAUUCAGAGCGGAAUUUUGAAAAGCAGCCAAGGUAUUCUGGUACGACAGUGCUUCUGGUGCAGACCCUUUAUUUUGCUAAUCAAGAAAAGACGGAAGCUGCAGUUACAGAACUUCUCAUGGGUCUUAAUUAUAUCUCAAGGUUUGGCAGGGAGUUAAAUGAUAAAGCUUUCCAGGAGUCUUCAUGUAGUGCUUUUAGCAAAGAUUAUUCAGCCUACAAGAAUAACUUCAUUCCAACUGUGGCAGACCACACAACUGGAAACUAGUGUUUGUCAGGCCUCUCCUAUGAAGUGGAGAUAU